CACCCCAAUCCACACCACCUCCCUCACCAUCACCCCUUAGUCCCUAAGAAACCCAGAAACCAGACCCAACAUACAAAGAUGUUAGGAGGAAUUGCUCGCGGUCGUCUCGCGGAGGAGCGCAAGGCCUGGCGCAAAAACCACCCCCAUGGUUUCGUGGCAAAGCCGGAGACACUCCCCGAUGGUACCGUCAACCUGAUGGUGUGGCACUGCACUAUUCCUGGAAAGGCCGGGACUGAUUGGGAAGGUGGUAAUUACCCGCUAACAAUGCACUUCAGCGAAGACUACCCAAGCAAACCGCCAAAGUGCAAAUUUCCCCAGGCGUUUUUCCACCCAAAUGUCUAUCCUUCAGGAACAGUUUGCCUUUCAAUCCUUAAUGAAGACAGUGGUUGGAGACCAGCCAUUACCGUUAAGCAAAUUCUAGUUGGUAUCCAGGACUUGUUAGAUCAGCCGAAUCCUGCUGACCCUGCUCAAACUGAAGGAUAUCAUCUCUUUAUCCAGGACACGGUGGAGUAUAAAAGGAGGGUUCGACAGCAGGCUAAGCAAUACCCUCCUCUAGUCUAAAAAUAUAUCUGGCUUGAAUAUGGUUUAGCUAAUUGUCUAGUAGUGGUGUAAUGGGGACCAAAGUAUUCAUAGUUUGUUUUGUAUUCGCCCAAUAUAUAUUCUAGGGUGAAAACUUUUAUAAUAGGAUGCUUAAUCUGAUUGUAUUGUGGUCGUCCAUUCUUCUCCUCGUACACAGGAACAACUGUACAUUUAUUGGAGGGAAAACAAAACUCGAUGACUGUGUUUGGUUC